AUGCAAGCAGUUUCGGUGCUGUCUUUGUCUCCCAGCUUCAAUUCGUACGAUUCAAAGAACGAAUUUGAAUACGCGCAGCUCUCUGCAAAUUUCAGCUCCAAGCUCAAAAUCGCUGGUUCCGGUAGCGAUUUCGAAUUCAAUGACACGAAACCCGCAGCUUUAGAUAACGAGGAGGAGAAGCCGGAAAUGGAAGAGAGCGAAGGUGUUCAUAACGCCGACGCCGGUGGUAAUUGCGAGAAGAAGGAAGAUGAAGACGAUUUCUCUUUCGUCUGCACCAACCCCGAUGGAUCGCCGAUUUCCGCCGACGAUAUAUUCCAAAAUGGCCAGAUCCGUCCGGUGUACCCGAUUUUCAACCGGGAUCUCCUGUUCGCCGACGCCGAGGACGGCGAUUCUUCCAGAGCCAGAGGAGCUGCCGCUUCGUCUUCCUCUCUGCGGCCGCCAUUGAAGAAACUCUUCUUCGAAGAGCGGGAUACGCAGUCGUCCUCGGCGUCCGAGUCGGACGAGCUCGAAGGAGUCCCCGAAGGAACGUACUGCGAGUGGUCGAGGAAGCCCGUGGUAGUUGCGCCGGAGCUCAAGAACAAGAGCAAUUCGACGGGUUCGUCGAAGCUGUGGAGAGUCAGAGACUUGAAGCUCCGGAGCAACAGCGACGGGAAAGACGCGUUCGUGUUCCUGAACCCUAAUUCGACGACGACGCCCCCAAAGCCGAGCCAGGAAACGGCCGAUAACAAGAGCGGCGCUAAGAUUGUGAAGACGGUGGAAAAGGUUAAGGGGAAGGCUAAGAAAGCCGAAACGGUGUCGUCGGCGCACGAGAAGCAUUACGUGAUGAACCGAGCGAAGAAGGAGGGGGAUAAACGGCGGUCGUACUUGCCAUAUAGGCAGGAUCUGGUUGGGUUCUUCACCAAUGUGAACGGCUUGAGCAGAAACGUUCAUCCUUUCUGA